AUGUGGUCAACCCUGUGCACCUCCCCCAAUGAGCACUGUUCUUCCCCCCUGGCAGGCAGAAAAAUUAGUGAAGAGGAAGAAGUGAGUUUCAUUUGCCACAUUCCUCUAAUUGAAAAACUAGACAAUAGCAUCAACUCACUGGAGAAGUGCAAGCGCCUGUCCUUGUCGACCAACCGAAUUGAAAAGCUAAUCCCCAUGUCGGGUCUGAAAAAUAUUGAAAUCCUCUCGCUCGGAAGAAACUGCAUUAAGAAAUUUCAAUUCCUUGAAGACAUCAGUGGCACGCUCAAGCAGCUGUGGAUGUCCUACAACAGCAUCGACAAGCUCGACAACCUCCACUCCCUUAAGAAGCUUCAAGUGCUCUACUUGUUCCACAAUAAAAUAAAAAACAUCGAGGAGGUCGACAAGCUGAGCGCGUUGCCAGAACUGGCCGAGUUAGGACUCAAGGGGAACCCCUUAUACGACGGAAAGACAAACGAGUAUAUGAAGUUGGUGAUUUUAAAAAAGCUACCCCAGCUCAAGGUUGUGGACAACGAGACGAUCACGGAGAAACAGAGAAAUGACGCCCUGACCGUUGAAUUUGUUUGA